CGGAAUCUCUCCGGUGAAAAUACUACCAACGUUUAGGCAUUGUUUUAAAAUGGUAGAAAACGGGACACGUGCGCCUAUUGCGUUAUUUUAGAUAAAUGAAUCGUAUAAUCGAACGGCAUUGUCGUCAACGCCGAGUCGAGGGGAGUAAUAUUACGUAGUAAGAUUUUUGAGGGUUGUAAGAGGGAAGCUGCGGGGCGGGAUUUUUGAAACUGAAUUUCAAAACAUCGACAUAUCACGCUCGCGGGUUUUAAAAACCAUUUUUUUUUUUUUUAUUUAACCAACAUUACUCGAGUGCUACGAGUGCGAAACACCGGGAAUUGUUACAGGUGAACGUAAAAUGUAUCGAACCCAUUGGGGUGAUCGCGGCCAUAACAACAACGGGCAUCAGUCGAGGGUAAACGAGAAUCGAAAGCAGCGGCGGUCGGUUUUUAAAAUUUGAGAGGAAUCUCGGCGAGAUUUUUUAAAUCAAAUAAUACCGGGAACCCAGUUCCAAUUGUUAAACCUGAUUAAAUGCAAACUGUUAUGGAAACUCACCUUGAAUAUCACGACGGUAUUUAAUCAACGCACUCGAAUUAAAACAGUUCCGUGAUACGAGGUCGUUUCUACGUAAUGUAUGAUUAUAUUAAUGAAAACCGAACAAGUGUGUCGAUGGAAAAUGUUGGCAAAAAGUGCAGUUUAUAAUUCUAACUUUGCGUUAAUACCAUAAAGAAACGUUUAUUAUAACAUAUUUAUACAUGCAACAAGAGGAAUUGGAUCUCCAAGAAAAGGUUCUACCCUACAUUGGAUCUCAUAGCCCAUCACCCGACGUGCUGACACAACAAUUACAGAUCACUUCACAGCGAAGGUGGCGCUAAUCAUUCGAGUGAUAUUUUGGAGCUUCAGAACGCGAGUAAAAUUCUUGAGAACAACAACGAGACGAGUAAUAAAAACAACAACGGCUCGAGUAACAACUACGAGAAGAAGAGCAGCAGCUACGUAACUGGGACGAACGACGGUUGUUCGUUAAACGUAGCCAGCCUCGCAUCCGGUCCCCAAGAAGUUGUGAUGAAGGAAAAAAGCAAAAACGCGGCGCGGUCUCGUCGCGAGAAGGAAAACCAGGAAUUCUUUGAACUCGCAAAGCUCCUUCCACUCCCCGCCGCCAUCACCUCUCAACUCGACAAGGCCAGCAUCAUCAGGCUGACGACGAGCUACCUCAAAAUGAGGCACGUCUUUCCUGAUGGUCUCGGAGACGCUUGGGGCGCGGUUCCACCAGCAACGAAUCCGCGGGAGGCUGCAAUCAAGGAACUGGGCUCACAUUUGUUGCAAACACUGGACGGAUUCAUAUUUGUCGUUGCACCUGACGGGAAAAUCAUGUACAUCAGCGAGACUGCUAGUGUGCACUUAGGAUUAUCCCAGGUCGUGGAACUGACCGGCAACAGUAUCUACGAGUAUAUUUUCCCUGCGGAUCACCAAGAAAUGGAAGCUGUCCUAAGUCUGACCCACCUGGCAACAUCUCCGAACGGACUGAGCAAUCUUCCACCGCCGAAUCCACGAGGUGACAUCGAACUGGAACGGGCGUUUUUCAUCAGGAUGAAGUGUGUCCUUGCGAAAAGGAACGCCGGUCUCACAACGCACGGUUUCAAGGUGAUCCACUGUUCCGGUUACUUAAAGGUGAAGCAGUUCAGCUUGAGCGGAGGUGGCGGAACGGAGUACGAAGAAGCCGGUAUUCAAAACGUGGGUUUGGUGGCCGUGGGUCACUCUCUGCCCCCGAGUUCGGUGACGGAAAUAAAGCUCCAUCACAACAUGUUCAUGUUUCGCGCCUCCCUCGACCUGAGGUUAAUUUUCCUUGACGCAAGGGUCGCUCAGUUGACCGGCUACGAGCCUCAGGAUUUAAUCGAGAAAACUCUCUACCAGUAUAUCCACGGAUGUGACGUCAUGCAGAUGAGAUAUUCUCAUCAAAUACUUUUGUACAGAGGCCAAGUAACGACGAAGUACUACAGAUUCUUGACACGAUCCGGUGGUUGGGUUUGGAUGCAAAGUUACGUUACCAUCGUUCACAAUUCAAGAAGUUCAAGGCCGCACUGUAUAGUCUCGGUAAACUACGUCCUCUCGGAGCAGGAGGCUUCGGAUCUGGUCCUAAACUCGGAGCAGAAGCUCUCCGCUGGAACUUCUUCCUGUCCACCAGUGACGACAGUUCUACCAGGCUCCCUAUCGACGGCCACGACGGUUUUGCCGGGCGCUCUGUCCUCCGCAACGACCGUCUUACCCGGCACACCGACCUCGGCACCGACUUCGGCCACCGAUAUUGACCUUGAGCAGAGUCCAAGCCCGCCGUAUCGCACCGGAAGAGUCAACGAACCACCGGACACCGACUAUGGCGACAGUUCCGGCUACUCCGGUGCCGAAUUUGUCCCGGGACAAGCAACCGGACACACUCAUUAUCUCACGACGGGUUACGGGCCGCAGGGGAAUAACAGCGGCAACAAUCACGCGGAGGGAUCGUACUAUCCAACGGAAUUGUUCUACCAGUAUGGAGGAAUGCAUCACGAAGUGAUGCCAUCGAUGCAACAACAGCAGCAGCAUCAACAGCAACAAUCGCAGGCUCACUCGCAUCUGAUCCAUCACACGGUACCAACAACGAUCCAACAGCAGCAACACAGCCCGCAACAGAACCACCAACAGCAACAACAGAGGCCAUUUUCAGCCUCAUCGAGUUCCUGCGGUAGUUCGGAUGCCUCGGACGUUCACCUGCCGAGUCCGUUGGGUCUCCACUCACUUCCGACCGGUUAUCCAGGCCAGCACCACCUCCUCGAUUCCUCCUCCUCGUCGGCCAGCCUCGCCGACGGCAGCGUAAUGUUUCCGAGUUGCGGUUUCAACAACAACAACAACAACAACAGCAGCAGCUACGCGACGGCGACGACGACGACGAGCCUCGCCCACCAGGAAAACACCUCCUAUCCAGUCCACCCUGCACAUCACAACCCCCGGCAAUCCCACCCCCAUCCCCACCCCCACCCUCACCCUCACCUUCACCCCCAGGCGCAUCACCACCCCCAACACCACCACCAUCACCACCAUCACCACUCGCUCGAGCACCUCGACGCUCCUCCGGCUGGGUACACCAGCGUCAUUGUCGACACCCAGCAGUACAGUCCUGGACAGUCGGCCCACACCGUUUCUACGGCAAACGGAACCCCGCCGCUGACCUCUCAUCAGCAUCACCACGAGGUUCACCACCAGUUUGUUCACUGACGUUCGCUCCAAGGGCCGACUUAGCGAGCCGUAACUCAUCCUCGAUCCGUAAUCCCGGAACUUUGACGACGAUCGCAAUCGUUGGAUCAAAUGACAGGUGUCGGGUCCAUCCUGUCGGUCAAGACGAGAACCGUGAAUGACAGCUCGUGCUGGUCGCGAGUUUUAUCGGUAUUUUUUUUAUUAUACACGCCGUGUCGUCGCCGUGUUGAAAUUUAUAUUUUAUUUACCUUCGUCGUGAAUGGUGAGCGCCGAUUGAAACAAUCGUCGACGAUGUCGCUAAAUUAACUUUAAUCGAAUAAAAAAAAUUUUUUUUUUUUUUAAACGAACGCAUCGCGUCUCGCAAAUUAUCGCUGCGCGUGUAAAUAUGAUACAUUACAUAUAUAUAUAUAAACGAUGCGAUGACAUUGUUAGGUACCUAGAUAUUAUAAAUACAAAAUUAAUGUCAACAAAGUCGAAACGAGUAUCUGGUCGCCGUUAUGGCCCUAAGUUAUACGUAUACUUCAAUACAGACUUGUUAAGUGUUGAUUUCAGAAUACUGAUAACGGUAUUGUAAAUAUUAUACAUACAUAAAAUAUAAAACAGAUAAUAUGCGUGUAAGUAUAACGUAACUGGUUAUAAUACGUAGUUCGAAACAGUUUAAUAUAUAUAUAUAUAUGUAUAUUGUAAGGAAUAAAUUGACGAAUGAACGAAUUAAUUCAGGAUGAGUGUAAAUGAUUUAUGUAUAUUAUCUAAUAUAGCUGAUAAUGUUGAAAUAAAUAUAAUAUGUAUUACGCGUUAGAAAGUGUGUGUAUAUCUUGAAUUAUAUAGACCCGAAGACUGACCGGUGCUCGUGCCAACCGACCAAAGAUAUAUGCGCCCAUUUAUUCACCCGUACAAUUAUGAAGACUAGAUCGUUGUAUUCAAUUAAUUUUACUUGAUUACACCAUUAUGCAAUGUGUGUGCGUACGUACAUGCAUUGCAAAGGUUGAAAUUUAAAGAAAAUAGAGAAGAGAAAAAAUUCACCCUGGUGAAAAAACUUGUAAUACGUGUAAUAAUAUAUAAUGUAAAUAGCGUAUCUCAAAGGCACACGAUUCUCUAUCAUAUAAAUACGUGUAAAAUAUAUAAACAUAUUAUAUAUACAUAUAUAUAUAUAUAUAUGUACGUAGGUAUAAUAACGAUAUUGUUACGAAGUAUUUUAAUAUAAUACCAAUAAUAAUCACGAUAAUAAUUAUGAUAAAAAUAAUAUUAACGUAGUACGACUUAAUAACAAUGAUAACAAUAAUUAUGUAACGACAUUAAUAACAGCGAUAAUUAUACAGAACAUUAUUUGUCUGGUAAUUACAUAUCUUUGUUUGUUUGAUUUAACUUUAGCGUUCGUCGUGUAAAUAAAUUACUUAGUUAUGUCACACGUCCUUUGCGCGUAUGUGUAUUUGUAUAGAUAUAAAAAUAAGCGUGUUCGUAGAACGAAAUGGCAAGUUUAAAAGCAACGUCGAACAUAUUUUGGUUUUUGAUUUGAGUUUUAAAAAAAAGAAAAAAAGAAGAAAUGUACGUACAGCGGGAGUAAAGAAAAUAAUGACAACGUUUCAAAAUGAAAAAGUGACGCUCGAUUGUAUUGAACUUGGGAUUUUUUCAAAUUGUGUAUUCGAAAAUGUUAAUUUCAUGUUUUCAACUUUAUGUUACACGGGCGAAAUGAAUAACAAACACGCAUUGCAUGUGUUAUAUAAUAUACGCGUAACGUAUUUAUUUAUAAAUAUAUACAUAUGACAUAUUAAUUAAUAUAAAAAUUGAUUGAAUAAAUAAAUAAAUGAAUAAUUAUGUAUCAUAUACACACAUAUUUACGAGUGCGAAAUAUUCGUUAUGUAAUGUUGAUACGAAGUAUUGUAUACAUAUAUUAUAUAUAUAAUAUAUAUAUAUAUAUAUAUAUUAUAUAAAUAUAAUUUAAGCUCUGUAUAUAUUGUAAAACUACAGCGCUGCACGGUAAAGCCCCAGACAUAUAAAAAAAAAGACUACCACGUACACACGCACA